AUGAAACCUCAGCAACCCCAGCAUGUUACUAAUAUGCAGAACUCAUGCUCUGUUAGAGAAAAAGAGAUAUCAGCUAUAUUACAGCCAUAUGCUUCCUAUUAUAUAUCUGAUCCUAACGAAAUGUCUGAUCCAAAUGUCGCAGUCUUUUGGAAUGAAGUCGAUCACGAAAGGGAAUUGAAUAUUGCGUGGGCUGAAGGAAUGCUACAAGCCGUAAAAGAGACAACUGCCGGAGUUGAUGAUGAUGCUAAUGAAAAGGAAAAUAUAGUCCCUGCUGAUGAAGAUGCGGAUAAGAGUAAAAUAUAUGAAGAACUGGCUAACAAUGUGAUGAAACAAUACAUUACUUCAGAAAAAUUGGAAGAUAUUUGGAAAACUGUAAUGAAACGUUUAAAAGAUAAAAAUAUUAGAAUCUCACCAACUGGACAAAUCUGGAGUGAUCCAAGGAAUUUAACUGAUUUACAAGAGUGGAGAACUAAACUUUCAACUAUUGGUUUCGAAGAUACUAUAUUGGCAUCUGAAAUAAUUUCAUUCUUUCAUAAAUGCUGUCGCCAUGAGAUCAACAUUUUAACAGUUCCGCUCAGGGAACGCGAUUAUACAUUAACGAUCUUAGGUCUAUUACUUGGAGAUUUAUUGCAAGAAUUUAAUAUACAUACAUUGCUGACACUUAACGAUAAAGUUUUAAGCAUCACAAGUGUACGUAAAGAAUGUAAAUCAAUGCUCUCUCCACCCUCAUCACAACCACAUGAAACUUCUGAAACUCCUAAGAUUAAACGAGUGAAAAAGGAUAUUUUUUCUAUAUUUGAUAAUUUAUAUCAAAAUUAA